AUGGAAGACGAAAUCGCAGCUCUCGUGAUCGACAAUGGGUCAGGAAUGUGCAAAGCUGGUUUCGCUGGAGACGAUGCUCCUCGAGCCGUCUUCCCCUCCAUCGUUGGACGACCUCGCCAUCAAGGUGUGAUGGUGGGAAUGGGACAGAAGGACUCAUAUGUGGGAGAUGAAGCCCAAUCUAAAAGAGGUUUGCCGAUAACUUCCAUAAUCUUCAUUUUUUACUCAAAUUUCCUCUCUUUAGGUAUUCUUACACUCCGAUAUCCAAUUGAACACGGUAUUGUCACAAAUUGGGAUGAUAUGGAGAAGAUCUGGCAUCACACCUUCUACAAUGAGCUCAGAAUCGCACCUGAGGAGCACCCAGUCCUGCUUACCGAGGCUCCCCUAAACCCCAAGAAUAAUAGGGAAAAGAUGACCCAAAUCAUGUUCGAGACAUUCAAUACUCCAGCAAUGUAUGUAAACAUCCAAGCUGUG